ACAUGAGCUAUAACGGCAUGAAGUAGGCAGCAGGCAGCAAAUGCAUUGUUGUUAGCUUAAUCAACCUAACAUUAGUUAGUCUGCGCGAGUGUCGGGCGUGAAUAAAUCGUUACACACCUGAGUAAAUAAACAUUGCUAAUAAUACUCGAUAAAAGUUAUUGUCGUCACAUAAUUUAACAACCAUGGAAAAGUCGCGAACGUUAAAAGUGGCUGCCGCAUGCACUGCGCUAGCAUUUGCUUUUGUGGUUAUUGCAUUUACCACGCCCUAUUGGCUAGAGACGGAUGGUAAAUUACCGAACCCAAAAUUCAUCAGACUCGGACUAUGGGAGGCGUGUUUCCAUAAUUUUGAAGAUAUAAGGCAUCUGUACGACACGAGAUUCAAUAGCUGUUGGUGGAUCUUUGAAGAAGAAUACUACAUAAUCCAAGACUUUCUACUACCAGAAUUUUUCGUCGCGACUCAAUUUUUUUUCACACUAUGUUUUACGUUACUCUUAGUAGGAGGCUUUUUAACAUUGAUCUGCACAUUUGGAUCUCGCCGUAACGACAAAUACCAACUGAUUUUAUGGGCUAAUGGAGGUACCCUGACACUGAGUGCUACAUUUGGAAUAAUAGCUGUAAUUAUCUUUGGAGCUAGGGGUGAUGGUCGUGACUGGAUGCCUAACUGGGAGCAUAACGACGUUGGUUGGUCAUAUGCCUUAGCAGUGGUUGGAACUGUCUUUCUCUACAUAGGGGGUAUCUUGUUCCUGAUUGAAGGUAGAAGAACCAGGAAACGAGAGCAGAAAUCUCUGAUGGCGGACCAAAAAACUCACACCACCAUCUAAUUGUCAGAAUAACUACUAUUCAGCAAUUCAUUCCAAAAAUUAACACAACUCAUCCGUUUUAUACCUAUAUUCGCUUACAUAUUAGAGUUAUAAGUUUAACGAAACUGUUCACUACUCCCAGAGUGUGUUUUUAAUUAUAGUUAUUAGCACUUCACGAGACACUGGUCUAUUUACCAAAAUUUUAAACUUUGCCACAAUUAAGUAGAAAUUUCAUAAUGAAAACAUGUUGCAGAGAAUCGGCAUUGUAUUUAUCGACCUGGUUGAAACUUACGUCAUAGUUCGUGAAUACAACACCCUUAAUCACACAGAACGCAUUCUUUUAGACUGUUUCAAAUAAUGGAUGAUGAGUGGACUGGCAUACAUAAUUUCACGUUUUAGAUGUAUAUUACAAAAGUCUCGACAUUGAGAGCGGUCGUAAACAAGCUCUUACUUUUUAAAUUUGUUUUAUUAUAAAAUAUGUUAGUAACAUUCAAUGAAUUUGAUUAUACUAUAGUAUUAAGAAGACUCUUAUGGCUGAGGGGUAGCUAUUAUUCUGAAUAUUUCUAGAUCUGUUACAGAUGAUCAUUUUUAUUCUGUCAUCAAAUGCACUAGGAAUAAUGACGUGAUGAAUUCGCUAUUCAACAAUAUACAUAUAUGUAUGUAUUAUGUAAUACAAAAUCUCAAUAGUAUCGCAUCAAAUGUAUAUAGGUAGAAAAUGUACCAUUGAAUCUAUUUUGUCCAAAAAAUACCUGAUUAUAUUCCGUCCAUUAAUGAUAAUGUUUUAAUAACUAUAAUCUUUAUACUAACCCGUUUUUUAUACUAUUAUGCAUAGAUGUUUGGAACGCUGCCUGAAGCGAGUACGAAAUUAUGUAAUUGGAAAUUUGAAAAUGUACAAUUAUUUUCUAAUUCGUUUUGUAUCUUUUAUAGUAUAUUUAUGAAGAGAUCUUAUUGUAAUAAAAAUGUUAACUUAUUAAACUCA